GUGACAUCGUAUCCAGCAACCACCCACAAGAAGCGGCACCAAGAUGAGCAAGGUGACAGGCCCGGACCUCAAGCGCUAUAUGGACAAGACGCUGAGCAUCAAGCUCAACGGGAACAGAAAGGUGUCCGGUAUCCUGCGGGGCUUUGACCAGUUCAUGAACAUCACAUUGGACGAUACGAUCGAAGAAGUCUCGCAGACCGAGGCCAACAAGAUUGGGAUGGUUGUGAUCCGCGGCAACAGCAUCGUGCAGUUUGAAUGUCUCGACCGCAUCUAAGCAUCUACAUGCCCUUUUCCCUUUCCUGCCGUCCUCGUCUCUUCAACGCUGUCGCCUUGACGACGUAGUAGCAGGUACAACCAUGAUAUGCUAUAUCUACUUUACCCCUUCUCCUUCUGCUA